UCCAAAACCCACGACCCGGACACCGGGACUACCCCGCCGGCGCCGCCUACGCCACCUUCCCCCACCCCUCCCCCACCCUCCCCGCAGCCACAGGCGAUACAGACCCCAUGGCGGCGGACUGGUCGUGGGCGCGCCGAGCAUGGGAGAAGUGGACCGCGAAGCACGUCGGCCCCUCCGGGAAGCCGCUGAAAGCGGCGCUUCUGCUCAACUUCGACCCGUCCGGGCCAUCUCGGCUCCUCCCCGUUGUAGCAGAGCAAGAGGGAACACAAGUUACAGCUGUUGAUAUGCAACCGUUUCUGGACUUUGUUAUCCGGGGUAAUCUGCAGACCGAAUUCUUCUCUAUCGGGCCAAACCAAUAUUUGGUCACCUCAAUCCACGAACACUGGUUUUGUGCUCGUUGCGUUAACACCACAAAGCCAGGAGGUGAAGGAGUUAUUGUUAUGCAGAUUGGAGCUUACUUGUUAGUCUCUAUGUAUGAUGGUUCUCUUGCUUCAGCUUCACAAGCAAUGGUGGCCGUUGAUCAGUUUGCAUGGCACUUUAACCGGAGAACUCACUGAUUGCUAUUUAGUAUAGGUUGAUGUGUGAUGUUGACCCACAAUUUCUUAUUUGGGAUCAUAGUUCUAAAGGCAGUAAAUGACCUGAUGUAAUCCUUAAUUUUCCUGUUUCCUCGGAUCAGUAGGUAUGUUAAUGUAAUAGCCAAUAUAUUGACUGUAAACUUGAUGUUCCUAGUGUGGAGUUGAAGAAGUUUGUGUUGUAUUGAUUCUUUGAAGGCACUUGAACUAAACUUAAUACUAGCAUGUGUGGUGCAGCCUA